AUGGACGUCGCUCGUGCUGCUGGAGCUGCUGGAGGUGCUGCUGGUGCUGUUGGAGGUGCUGCUGGAGCUGCUAGAGGUGCUGCUGGUGCUGGAGGUGCUGCUGGUGCUGGAGCUGCUGGAGCUGCUGGCGGUGCUGCUGGUGCUGGAGGUGCUGCUGGUGCUGGAGCUGCUGGAGCUGCUGGAGGUGCUGCUGGAGCUGCUGGAGGUGCUGCUGGUGCUGGAGGUGCUGCUGGUGCUGGAGCUGCUAGAGCUGCUGGAGGUGCUGCUGGAGCUGCUGGAGCUGCUGGAGGUGCUGCUGGAGGUGCUGGCGGUGCUGCUGGUGCUGGAGGUGCUGCUCGUGCUGGAGCUGCUGGAGCUGCUGGAGGUGCUGCUGGUGCUGGAGCUGCUGGAGCUGCUGGAGGUGCUGCUGGGACUGGAGGUGCUGCUGGGACUGGAGACCCUGGGGCUGAGGGCACCGGUUCUGUGUCUGCUGUUUCUGGAGGCGCUGCGCGGCCGCGGCCGUACUACGUUCCACUCCUUCAGCAGGUUCUUGGUUCCCCGCCUUCUCCUGGUCCUCCUCCUCCUUUCCUGAGUCCACCGCCUGUCCAGUCCCAGUCGCAGUUACAGCUGUCCUCUCCACUGCCUGGUCCUUCUCCUUACUCUGGACCGACUAGAGGUCUUACGGAGAAACGUGAGCCUGAGCCGCGUCCUGUAUCACCUGAGUCUCGUUCUGCAUCGCCUGUCCGUACUGUUCGCGCUGGUCGUGUUUCGCGUCCGCGUCCUCCUCCUGUCCCUGGCACUCACUCUUUGACUCUGCGUCCUUCCACUGCUCCCCAGCGUGUCCGUCUGCCGUCUCCUCCUGCGUCCUCUCUUCCUGCCGGUCCGGACCCUGCGUCUGACUCCCUACGUGCUGCUAGUCCAGCUGUCACGCGCUUUCUGGCCACUGCUGUCACUGACCCUUUGUUUGAGUCCUCUGCUGCGUCUGCUCUUGUUACUGAGCUUGUUGACUUUGCUGCAGCCUGUCGCCUAGACUACGCCACUAGUCUUGUUGCUGAGUCUGCGUCUGCGUCUGACAGUCCUCCUUCCGUCGGGGGUGAGUGUGCUCUUGGCACGGACGUUCUUGAGGAUAGACAGGAGGAGUUUGAGUGCUUUGCCGCUACUGUACCUCAUCUCGUGUCCAUGCUGCUUGCCACUGAGGGAGACCCGGUGAAGCGGCCGCCGGGUUCUCCGCCUGCCUUCAAGGCGCGUUACGUUGCACGUGGCUUCAGUCAACGACAGGGAGUUGACUUCUUUCAGACCUUCUCCCCUACCCUGAAGAUGACCACUCUUCGGGUACUGCUGCACGUUGCUGCUCAACGUGACUACGAGCUCCACUCACUUGACUUCAGCACAGCCUUCCUACAGGGCAGCCUGCACGAGGAGAUUUGGCUGCGCCGCCCACCUGGCUUCACUGGGUCGUUUCCUCCGGCGGCCAGUCUACGGUCUCCACCAGGCACCCCGUGA